CUGCCGGGCAUGAGCUUCCGGGCAUGAUCUGCCAGGCAUCGUGCCACGUGGCGUCCUCGCCCAUGGCGGCCCUCCGUGCCCUUCACGUGGACUCUCUGCGCGCCUCCACUGGGGCUGCAACGCCACCGCCACAUGAGUGGGCGCUGCGUCUCGCUGCGUCACAUGCCAGCAGCGCACGUGCAGCAGAGGGCGGCAGAAGCCAUCUCCCAUCCCACGGAUCGCCUUUCCUCCGUGCCGCCUGCUCGGAUCUGCUCGCACUGUUGCUUGAUGGGGAG